AUGGUUUACAUCGCCUCGGCUUGGUUCUGUGCCGCUGCGGUCUGCACACUGUUCGUUACAGAAAAUGGAUACAUUGGGAGAUCACGGCUGCCGGUGCAUUCGGAUGACCACAUGUGUUUGACGGCAUUCCUGCCUUACUCGGGCCUUCAGAUGAAGCCGAAGAGCAAGUCAAUGACAAUUAUUGACGGCGCCACGGAUCCCUCGUCACGGCCUGAUCGUUUCGAUGACGACGAAGAGAACGGCAGCCGGAUGAUUGACGAGACCGAUCGCUGGAGCAUGGAGUUGCUGCCCCUGUUUGGUUUCCCACAGCGAAGGUUUGAUCUCAUUUGA